UUUCAGAAGCACCCAACUAUAAUGGAUAAAUAGACGGCUUAAGAAGAUAUCCACCCCUAAAUGCGAACGUUCGUCAAGCGCAUUCAAAAGAACAACACUCCAACAAUGUGAUCAUCGCCUGAAAAGCCCUCAACAAAGUUGUGCAAAGUGCGGUGGUGUGAGUAAAAAGUGAAAACAAAUGUCAUAGUGCGGUAAAACCGGCGAAUGAAAUAAAGUGUGCCCUCAUCAAAGAGCCAUCAAAGCUGUGAACAGCGGCAGUGAAGCAACAGGAUCCGGAAAAAGUCGCGAAAAUUCAUUGCCUCCAGGGGCCCUCUGCAGUUGCUCUGGUGACAUCACGGGAAAAAAUUAAAAAAAAAGUCACCAUAAAUGAGUGACUGCUGGCAGCACGGUUAGGCUCCAGAGUGGUUACCGGAGGAGAGUGUGUGUGUGUGCAGCUUAGUGGGGUGUUUGGUUGUUUGUGGGAAAAGUAAAGCCAACCCACCUAGAGAAGAAUAAGUACCCUCCAGAGGGCAAGUAGCGAGCUAGCAAAAUGACCGUGAAAAUUUUCCGCCGCGGUUCGGCGCGCUGCAUCGGGCUGCUGUCGGCGUUCGUCACUAUUCUGCUCUGCCUGUACUACAUCUCGAUGGGACAACCCUCGACAACGCCGACGGCCGGUUCCGGUUCCGGAGUGGCAAUGCAGCACCAGAAGAGAUUAAGCAACGUUCACGAUGCGCACCACGGCGGCGGUGGCGUCGGCAAUCACAAUGCAAAUCAAUCGUGGCAUAGCUGGCUGCGGAACAAUCUCAAUUCGGUUGGCAGCGGCAAGGACCGGCCCCCGGGGGGAGGAGGCGGUGGCGGUGGAGAGGACGAAGGACGUCGAGAGGCGCAGCUUCCGGACCAAACCGGCGGUGAUGAGGAGGAGCAGCAGCAGGGCGAGAGUGGAUUUUCCGGAAGCCAAGCCGCACCGGCCAGGUUCAGCGCCAAGUGGGACGAAUGUGCCGCACUGGAGGAAACGCCCACCGAUAUCACCACCGGUGAUGAAUAUGGAAAUUUUGACUUCCAGCCCGAAUGGAUGAAGACAAAGGAGUACUGGGACAAGGACUUUGAGAGCCGCUACGAGAAGCUGCAAAAGGACCCAGGCCGACCCCCGCUGAAGAUCGUGGUCGUGCCACACUCCCACAAUGAUCCGGGCUGGCUGAAGACGUUCGUCAACUACUUCCAGUCGGACUCGCGGCAGAUCCUGAAUCUGGCCGUCACCAAGAUGCCCGAGUACGGCAACAUGUCCUUCAUCUGGAGCGAGAUCAGCUUUCUGCAGCUGUGGUGGGACCAGGCGCAUCCGACCAAGCAACGGAUUCUGAAAAAGUUGGUCAAAUCCGGAAGGUUGGAGAUCACCACUGGAGGGUGGGUCAUGACGGAUGAAGCGAACGCCCAUUUGUACGCCAUGGUGGACCAGUUGAUUGAGGGCCACCAAUGGGUCAAGACGAACCUGAACGUGACGCCCAAGAGUGGCUGGUCAAUCGAUCCGUUCGGUCACGGUAGCACCGUUCCGUACCUGCUCGCCGCUUCCGGCUUCGAGGGCACCAUCAUCCAGCGGAUACACUACGCCUGGAAGCAGUGGUUCGCCCAGCACCGGUACGGGGACUUUUUGUGGACGCCGUACUGGAAGAGCAAGGCGGGUUCUCCCGAUCGACAGCACACGCUGCUGACGCACAACAUGCCGUUCGAUAUCUACUCGAUCAAACACUCGUGUGGACCGCAUCCGUUCAUCUGUUUGAACUUUGACUUCCGGAAGAUCCCGGGCGAGUACACGGAGUACUCGAUCAAGGCGCAGUUCAUAACGCCGGAGAACAUCGAGUCCAAGGCGGAUCUGCUGAUGGAGCAGUACUCGCGGACGGCCUCGCUGUUUCCGCACAACGUGGCGCUCAUUCCGGUGGGGGAUGACUUCCGGUACAACAAGGAGAAGGAGAUGGAGCAGCAGUACACGAACUACAAGAAGUUGAUUGAUUACAUCAAUGAGAACCGCCACAAGUACAAGACGGAGAUCAGCUUUGGGACGCCGAUAGACUACUUCAACGCGAUUAAGGAGCGGUACGAGAAGUUCCCAACGUUGAAGGGUGACUUCUUUGUGUAUGCGGACAUUUUUAACGAGGGUCGUCCGGCGUACUGGUCGGGCUACUUUACGACCCGGCCUUACUACAAGAUAUUGAGUCGCGAGCUGGAGCACAAUUUGAGAAGUUUGGAGAUUCUGUUCACGCUGGCGUUCAACCGUGCUCGGCAGGGUGGGAACUCGAAUGCGUUCAAGAUCUACGAAAAGAACUACGAGAAGAUGAUUUUGGCGAGGCGGAACUUGGGACUGUUUCAGCAUCAUGACGCGAUCACGGGAACUUCGAAGGCUAAUGUUAUGAGGGAUUACGCGCUGCGGUUGUUCGAGAGCAUCCAGGAGACGGUGAAGCUGCAGGAGAAGACGAUUGAGUUGCUGGUGCAGCGGAAAAAGAAUACGGAGUUGAACUUUUUGAUUGGAGAGCUGGAGCGGGAUAAUUUUGGGAAGCUGCCGAGAAAGACUCCGUUGAUCGUGACGGAAGCGAGGAGUACCGACUUUGUGGUUUACAACGCGUUGGCCCAGGAAAGGUUGGAGGUGGUGCUGAUUAGGACGUUGACGCCCAGGGUGAAGAUUCUGGAUCCGACCGGGAAGAUGAUGGACAUUCAGAUCAAUCCGGUGUGGAACAUAACGGAAACGUCUUACGCUUCGCGGAAGAUCAUCCCGUCGGAGAAGGAGUACGAGGUUAUGUUUGUGGCCAAGUUGGCACCGCUUUCGCUGACGACGUUCACCGCGAGUUACGACGAUGGGUUCAAGCCCAAGAUGGCGACGCUGUACUGUAACGAUUGCCAGGAUGAGAAGAAUGAGAUUUUCGAGAUUCGGAACAAGCAGCCGGGUGAUAUUCAACUGGAGAACACAAAGAUGCGACUGCUGUUUGACGAGCAGAGCGGGUUUUUGAAGUCAGUGACGAAGAAGAACAUGGGCAAGCAGAUUCAGUGCGCGAUCAAGUUUGCGGCGUACAAAAGUGCGCAGUUCCACUCGGGAGCUUAUCUGUUUAAGACGGAUCCAGAACAGCGGAAUUCUGAGAAGGAGGUUUUGGAGCAGUACAACGAUAUGACGAUCUUGAUCACUUCGGGACCGUUGGCGAGCGAUGUGACGGCGAUCUACGGACCGUUCCUGGCGCACACAGUGCGGAUAUUCAACUCCAACACGGUGCUGGACAAUGGGAUCAACAUCGAAAACGACGUUGACUUCGAGAUGCCGCCGAAGAACCGCGAGACGGAGCUGUUUAUGCGAUUCGUUACGGACAUUGAGAACGGUGGGAGUGAGAACCCGGAGUUUUACUCCGACUUGAACGGGUUCCAGUACCAGAAACGGGUGAAGGUGUCAUCGAUCGGCAUCGAGGGCAACUACUUCCCCAUCACUAGCGGGGCGUUUAUCCAGGACGACAAGAUGCGGCUUACGCUGUUGACGACCCACGCCCAAGGCGCCGCAAGUUUGGAACCCGGCCAACUCGAAGUCAUGCUCGAUCGACGAACUCUGUACGACGACUACCGCGGCAUGGGCGAAGGCGUCGUGGACAGCAGAUUAACCCGCCAUCGCUUUUGGGUCAUCCUGGAGACCAUCGAACACGGAGCCGGUGCGGCAGCUCCCGCAGCGAACAAUUCCCCCAGCCAGCAAGGCGAAGGUCCCGGCGAUGCAAAACCGGCCGAGUACCAGCUCCCAAGCAUCUUCGCCAACAACCUGGCCAACGGACUCAACUACCCCGCCAAUCUGUUCAUCGUGGAAAAGUACGACGAAUGCAACCAGAUCGAGCUGAACCGGGCCGUCCAACUGUUGGCCGCGCCGUUCCCCUGCGAUCUGCACAUCCUCAACCUGCGGACGCUCACCGAAAGCAACCUGCCACUGUUCCCGUCCAGUUCGGCCCUGCUCGUGCUGCAUCGGCAGGGGUACAACUGCCGGAUAGGCGGCGACGAAGUAGUCAACUAUUUUUGUAACAGCAGUAACAGCAGCAGCAGCAGUAGUAGCAUAAGUAGUAAACACCGAGGGCAGCUGCAGCUGUUUGGAGGCGUCCGGGUUGAGCACAUUAGCGGCACCUCGCUGACGGGGCUGCACGCGGGUGAGCCGGUGCGAUCCGUCGGGGAUAUCUUCCUGGAGCCGAUGGAGCUGCGAACGUACAAUGUUACGUUCGCGAAGUAAGUGGGGUUGAGGCGUGUAGCGAAAUGGUGACGGGUAGUCUCUCUAUCGUCACGGGUGAGUGAGGGUGGAUUCAGGGUGAUGUCUUUGCGAAUUAUUGUUGCAACCACAGCAAAAUGUGUGCCGGUUGAUGUUUCUGCAAACAAAUCUAGAGUUUUUAUUGAAUAGGCCCUAUAAACAUAUGAAAGACAAUUGUUUAUAGGUCUUUUUCAAAAAAAAAACUCUAGAAAUGCAUACAAACUGUCAAAAAGUGCGCAUUUGUUUAUUGGUUUAUCAUGUUUAGUCCUCCUUAACUAAAAAGUGACCCCAUUCUUUUGACAACAGUUGGAGCCUAACAUUUCAAAUGGGGACAUAACUUUUGAAAACAAGAGUGUAUCCCUUUCACUAAAAUGACAGUUUGCAUAAGGUGUAAACUUAUUGAUUGAGUAAUGAGUAAAUCAAACACAACCGAAUGCAAACGAUUUCGAAUCAGCUUAGAGCGAUAAAGCGCGAUAGGACUGAUCCAAUUACAUACUAGAGUAUAUUCUAAAGUGGUUGGUGUGGAAAAAAAUGUACGAGAAAAUAUCUUGCAGAUUACAACAAUAUUACCCCAGACAUCAUCUUGCUUCAACUUCACUUGUCCAUAUAUAACAAGCUGUAGAUCAGGACUGCCCAACCUUUUUGGCUCAAUUUUAAGAUUUUUGAUCGUCAAAAUAACAGUUGCCCAUUUUGUCAUGGUAUAUUUGUUGGAAUCGGGUUUCAGAUGACCAGUGAACACAACUUUGACAAAAAAUUGGAACACUAUUUUUGCAUGGCGUUUUUAUGAAAGUUUAAAAUGUAGAUAAAAACGACCUUUGAAAAUAUUUUUCCAAUCUUUUGUCAAAGUUGGGUUUACUGGUCAUCUGAGAACCGAUUCCAACAAAUAUACCUUGAAAAAAUGGGCAACUGUUAUUUUGACGAUCAAAAAUGUUAAAAUUGAGCCAAAAAGGUUGGGCAGGCCUGCUGUAGAUAUUCCACUUGAAAGAAACAAAGAAUCUCUCCGAAGAAAACUCCAAAACCCGUUAAUUCUGCAUGGCAAAACACGUUUUUUAAUUGGGGGGUAAAAAUACCAAAACAAUUUAGAACUAAGUCUGUGAGCUUGUAACAAAAUUAGACAACAAAAAAAAAGAAAAGCAAAUUUGAUUUGAAAAGGAAUCUCACGAUAAAACAUCACAAACCACGCGGCCAUGCCGAUUUCACCUCCGAUUUCGUCAGUCAAACAGUCCAAAACAAAUAAGCACCAAACCAGCAAACAAUUAUAUUACAAAAAAAGAAAGAGAUAAACCAUCGACAGCAUCAUUCCACUUGAGUCGAAACACUUUUUUAGACCACACUAGAGUUAGUUUUUAAUUUAUGAUGAAAAAUAGUUCGUAAACCGUGUGUUUUACUCCGAAAACAGUUGAACAACUUUCUAUAAAACAUUGACUUUUUGCAUCAACCAAACUCGAAUUCAAAUAUGUUGUAAAUACAAAACAAAAAAAAACAGAGCAAAACAUCAACCUUUAUUUGUUUUCCAAAAUGUGAUUUUAGUUGUUAGUCAAUUUCUCUACUUUAAACGCAUUUUCCUUUUCUACCCUUUUGUUUAAUUUUCCCCACCCCCUUUCAACUCAGUUCCUCGAAUAGUAAGGUUGGAAAUCAUUCUCACACGUCGAUUGAUUUCAACAUAGACCACCGUCCAAUAGUUUACGUUCCCUUAAAGUAGUGCAAACAGAAAACCCCGUAAAUGUAACUUCAACCAAGUCAACCAAGCAUGUCCCCUUCGUUUAUUCCCAAACACACUUAUUUAUAAAGAGAUCAAGUAACGUAAAACAAGAGAAGAAAAAAUCAUACAAAAAUAAAUUAGUUGUUUUAUAUGACUACGCAGCUAGCGAAUAUUUUAAGGAGAAGUAAGAAAGCGGAAAUCAUGAAAACGUUGAAUUAAAAACAUCACAAAGAGCCAACCAUUAGUGAAAUGUUGAAAGAAAAAAAAAGUUAGUGUUUCGUUUUCUUUCCGCAAGUUUAAAAACAACAAAAACAACAAAAAACGAAGAAAAAUUGUAGUUAAAUAACUAGUAAUGAAGUAAACUUACAACAAUUAAUCAAAAAAAGAAUGAUCG